UAAACUUGAGUACAGCACGGUAGCAGCAGUGUACGUGAAUUAUGAAAACAAACCAAUUAAAAACAACCACAGACUCUUAUGGGCGGCAAGUAAACGUAAAAUAUGUAUAUCUAGGCUCUAUGUUUCGUCAAUUUGUGCUUUCUCGCACAAAUGUCAACUAUUUUCAUUAUUUAUGGCCAAUGUGUGGAGUUGUAGCUCUAUUAGCAAGCGUCGUUUUGUUAUUACAGACAUAUUUUGAAGAAGUCCCAAGAGUUGGAACGGCAAUUUUGGUGGUAUCCUGUGUUGUGGCAUCUGCUAUUGUUUGUGUGAUGACUGAAAUUGUUGAAGAAUCAGUUGAAGUCAUUGAGGGUUUUGGCAUCCAGCUGAGCUCAAGAGGUCGUUUUGGAAAGGAAAACAAAACAUUCUUCAAUUUCAGUGCAAUUAAAGACCUCAUUAUCAAUGAAGCAGUGACAAUGCAAAGAGUUAUUUUUUACCUGGCACUCACAGUAGACACUGAGUAUAAGGAAGAAAUGAAAAAUGGUCACGAAACUAAAGACGGUUCAACCAAAAUGGUAACUCUAUUCAAAAACACAAUGCUGAGGUUGGAGGAACUCCAAAACAUCUACAAGGAGAUGCAACCAUUUUUGAACAACCACAACAAAAAAGAGAAAUAGAUACUUUUAAUCAAAGUGUAU